CAAAUGUCUCUUCUCAGCCAGGGACCGUUAGUGGCAGACAUGUUGUUCGUCUAAACCUUGAUGAAUGAAUCAAUGUCGGCCCUUGGCGCUUCAUUCCUUCGGAAGCAUUCGUUUUAGCUAUGGAUUCGUUCAAGAAUGUCCUUGCCCGUGGGCUCGGGGACGACGACUCCGACAGCAGCACCCUCAAUCUCAUGAUUGCUGUCCUCAGUCUUGUCUUGUUUGGCCUGCUCUUAGUCGGUCUCUUGUUUAUGAUCCGGAGGAAGAGGAGGCAGAGGCGGAUGGCCAACGACACACUUCCUCGAUACGAGGAUGUCAAGCGGACCGGCAACCACCGCCAGCUUACGAUCGAGACCAAGAACGGGGACAUGCUCAGCCGUUCCAGCGUCAUCAUCUUCAAGGACGGCCAACCCAUGCUUGCCAACCCUCGGUCGCCCCCGCAUUCCCCCGACAAUGUCCCCCAGAUCCACAUCACCUUCCCCGAUGAGCAUGACGAGAGUGGCCGCCCGAAGAGCGGCCGCGUCGUUGUCGUCCGCGUCGGCGACACCACCGUCGGACUCGAGCCUCUUCACGAUGAACAACUUCCCGCCUACGAGAAGGACAGCAACACGCAAUUCUACGCCAUCGACAUGGACCAAAUCGGGGGGUUAAAGGAGAAAGCCCGUCACUACUCGAACUGAUUUGGACAUACCUGAUCAGCCCUUGGACUCGGACUCGGACUCAGUAGGGGCAGUCUGGAUCAUUCCCAUACUCGCACGCAAUGAUUUUUUAGCCCAGAAGCGGAGGCAUUUCCAUCCUGACGAUUUCAUGGCUUGG